CCCUGCGCGGCGGCGCCGGUCGCGCCGACGACCGCGAGCGGCGUCACUCGCUACGGCGCAGUAUGCGCGCCCUCAGCGGCAGCUGGAGGAACCUGCUCAAGCAAGUGGGUGGCAUGCACCGGCCCAACAAGCCGGCCCAGAUUCGUCGCGUCCCUCCGCCCACCGUGCCCGAGAGCAGCGUCAGCACCAGCGGCGGCGGCGCCGGCGUCAGCAGCCACCGGCACAGCGGCAGCAGCUUCAGCUCGGGCUACGGCAGCGUCGGCCAGCCGGACAGCCGCAGCUGCUGCGGGGACGACCACCUGCAGCCGCCGGCCUCGCCCCUGGACGGCCCGCCCAGUCCGGGCAGAGAGUCGGCAGAGAGCGCCAUGUACACGGGCUCGAACCGCCUGUCGACGGGCUCCUCGGGGCACAGCCCUGGACCCCAGGCCGGCUACAACGCCUUCUCCUUCCCCACGCCCCAGGCGCCGCGGGCCGUGGCCUCGCCCGGCGGUCCGGCCGUCUCCGGCUCCGGCAAAGAGUACGUGCCGCACUUCCACAACCACCUGUACCAGCACCAGCAGAGCGAUGACCAGGGCAUCGACGUCCAGAGUCCGGGGCGGGACUCGCCGUCCAGCGCCGGCAGCUCCACCAGCAGCUUCGGCUGCCGCAACAGCACAUCCAGCCUGGACUCGGGUCGUGCCUCGUCCGCCUACGAGAGCAAGGCCUCGCACCCGCCCAGCCUGAACAGGUUGUCAGGCCAGUCGUACGAGUCCAGCACGAGCUACCGCCAGUCGUACCACAGCAGCAGCUCCAGCCUGGGCUCGCUGGAGAAGGACGACGUCAUCUCCCACCUGAACGUCGGCCAGAUGCUCGCCGAGGGCAUGAAGGACUCUGAGGUGCUGAACGCCUGGCUGACCGACUUCCACUUCGAGGAGUACUACCAGUUGUUCGUCAGCGCCGGCUACGACAUGCCGACCGUGUCCCGGAUGACCCCGGAGGACCUGACGGCGAUCGGGAUCACGAAGCCGGCGCACAGGCGCAAGCUGAAGGCGGAGAUCGCGCGCCUCAACAUCUCCGACGGCAUCCCUGACUUCAUCCCGGAGUCGCUGGAGCGCUGGCUGCACGUGCUGCGGCUGAGCGAGUACAGCGAGCUGCUGCGGGCGCAGGGCUACACCACCGUGCCGCAGGCCACCGAGAUCACCUGGGAGGACCUCGAGGAGAUCGGCAUCUCACGGCUGGGACACCAGAAAAAGAUCACCUUGGCGAUCAAGCGGGCCAAGGACAUCCUGACCGGCAAGCGCGUGCCGUCGCAGUACCAGCACCAGUACACAACCCAGGAGAUCGCCAUUCCGGCUAGCUCCAGCCCCACCGAGCCCACCUACCAGCAGUUCAAGACGUUCCACCACGCCGGCCCCGCCCGCGACGGCUGGGCAGAGACGGCCGCCGCCGGCCGCUUCCAAGGCUUCUCACAGUACCGGCCGCUGCCCUUGCAGCAGGUGCAGGCGCAGGUGGAGCCGGCCGGGGAGCCAGGCGACGAGCCGCCGCCGCCGCCGGCGCCGCAGACGCAGCUGCAGUACUUCGAGCAGCAGCGGUACAUCCUGCAGGCGCCGCCGUGGCGGCGCAGCUUCGAGGACGGCGACGUCACGCCGACCAACGAGCCGGCGCUGCUGGACGGCGCCGGCACGCUGCCGCGGCCGCGCGCGCCGGCCGCCCGGCCGCGGCCCGUCGCCAAGAUCGUGGCCAAGACGCGCGACACGGAGCCCGCCGGCGCCGCCGACCCGCCGCCCAAGGGCUACGGCAGCCUGCCGCGCGACCCGCUCAAGCGGCCGGACGCGGCGCGGCCCGCCUUCAGCACGCCGCAGAGCACGCCCAAGAAGCCG